CCCACUUGGUCUUCGAGGUAGGAGUGAAGUCCGUCACUUACCUCUCUGUCUUGAACCUACUCCGAAGCAGCUCGCAGCAAUGGGCUUGUUGUCAGUAGCUCCAUCGAGCUACUCCCAAGAGCAGCUCAACGCGCAUCUUGUUUCACUCGCCACACUCCCGGUUACGGUCACCUCGCCCUCUGACCUUCCCUCCGACGUUCAGGCGCAGGAUGACGACGACGAUGCGCCCUUCUCGAAGAGCCUGCAAGACGCGCUCACACAGUUGACGCAGACCAAGCCGCCGACGGCCAAGGAGGUCGCGCACAUGCUUACGCGACUCCAGGAACGCAGGCAGGACUUUGGCGCCUACUCGGCGUCCAAAGUCGACCGCGCGGCCGAGGCUGAGAUCCUCACCCGCUCUGUGAGCAUUAUAUGGGCCGAGGUACUGCGCGAGUUUAUCGACUCGUCUCUUGCGCUACAGGACGACGAGGUGUGGUGGGAGCGAAGCAUGUCGUCGCGCAUCGGCGCACUCGUCUACCUCGUGCAAUCCAUGCCCGAGCGUAUCUGGCGCGUCAUCAGCGCAGGUCUUGAGACGGAGAGCUGGCAAGCGAAAGUCAAGAGCGUGGACUGGCGCCGUGCGAUCCACAUGCCCUCGACAUCAAGCUUGUCGCGCCUUUUCAGGCCGCUCCAUAGCGGGGGUGGCUCCCAGAAGUUCACCGCCCAGCUUCAGGCUCUCGCCUCUCCACUCGUCCUUACAAGACGCGAAAUGCUGUCCAAUAGGCAGACACUUGGUGCAGCAGCGGGCCUUGCCGCCAGCCGGGUCGGCUUGCUCGCCAGCAACGGCCCCAAUUGGUCGAUCCAGCAAGUUGGCACCACGGCAUCGUCGAACGACCUUGUGGACGAGGCGACCCGCAUCUAUGGCAUUCUUGCGGACGUUCUUGGCAUUAAGCCGGUCGAGAAGGCUGUCUCGUUCAAGGAUGAAAGAGGGUCGAGGAAGUCUAAAAGAUCUACCCAGCCUCAACCUGCCUCGAAGGUCACACCCGAGAUGCUCGCCGAAGUUGUCACUAAGCAUCUUCCGGAGAUGCGCAAGGUUCUGCAUAACACGCUUGAGGAGUACGGGCGACCAAACGUCUUCACCAGGUUCUGGUUUACUGUCCUCUUCCUCCCCCCUGCACUCUACUUCGGAGCGCGGUCAGUCGUCAAUAACAAGGAGUGGAUCACCGAGCAGGUCGUGAACGCAAAGGAAACGGUCAAAGGCUUCUUCGUACAAUGGGUCUGGGAGCCUGUGGAGGACAUAUUCACCACCAUGCGUGGUGGGGGUGAAGGUCUCUCUCUCGCUCCCGAAACUGUAAAGGCGGACGAGGAAAGUUUGCAGCGCAUGGUUCUUGACUUUGGCCGUGACGUUUACAAGCUCGAUGACGCCCAGCUCAAGGCCUUGCGAAUCAAGGUAGAGGCGGGUGACAUGGAGGAGGUCCUGAAGGCCUACGAGAAUGAGAUCCGCCAGCCUAUCAAGUCGGCUCUCUUUGGCCAUCUGGUCCGCACGCUCCUCAUCCAGGUCCAGAAGACAAAGACCGACUUGUCCGUCGCCUUGCAAAGCCUCGACCAGCUGCUGCGCUCGCAACAACUGACCUUCGCGUUUGUUGGUGUGGCGCCCUCGGUGCUCCUUCUCUACGGUAUCUGGGGUUGGUUGAGGCGCCUCUAUGUCGGCGAGGGCCGGAAGAAGGGUCGCCGCCGCCGCUACUUCCACAGCCUGCGCGCGAUUGAGGAGCUCCUCCUCAAGGCGCCAGAGGACGACGUCCGCAUGUCUGACAAGGACCGCGGCCUGCUCAUUGUCACCACCUCGGGUCUGCGCGUGUGGGCGGCGGGGAUCGGCUCGGGGGUGCGCGAGGCAUUCCUGGACGACUUGCGGAUGUUUGAGGACCAGACGCUUACGCGGGGGGACAAGCUGCUGGUUGUGCAGAGGAUAUGGAGGUGCUGGGGUCGGGAUGGGAGUGGAACGAGCUCUAUGUAGAAUCCAAGCGCCAAGCAGCAUAGGUAUCAAUUUAUCAAUGGGAAAGUGGGAAUGACGUCGGCG